ACUGGAUAAUGGGUUUUGUUGCUUUGCUCUGAUGAGUUUGAUUUGAUAUUUGAAAGGAAGAACAGAAGAAAGGGAUUCGAAAUGGAGUCUGUUACAAGAACUGGGUUCCAUGACCUUAAUUUGGCUUCAAGGAAAGCCGAAGAAGCCGCUUUGAGAAGAUACGUGGCUGUUGCUUGGUUAGAAACCUUAAUUGGCCCACUGGGGAUGUCAGGCCAGCCAUCAGAGAAAGAGUUCAUUUCUUGCUUGAGAAAUGGUUUGAUUCUUUGCCAUGUCAUUAACAAGAUCCAUCCUGGUGCUGUCGCCAAGGUUGUUGAGAGCAAUCCACAUGCACAAUCAUUCAACCGGGAGUUUCAGCCUCCACGAGCCUAUCAAUAUUUCGAAAACGUGAGGAAUUUUCUUGUUGCCAUUAAAGAGCUUAAACUGCCAGCAUUUGAAGCUUGUGAUCUCGAAAGGGACAACGUGGAGGCAGGGUCUGCAUCUAAGGUUGUAGACUGCAUAUUAGCCCUGAAGUCAUACCAUGAAUGUAAGCAGAUUAAUUGCGGAAUUGGGAAUGGAUAUUAUAAGCUUACAAGGUCUCCCAUUGUUAUGCAUUCUUCCACUAAGAUCCACUCGCUAGCCUCAUCAGAAUCUUGUAGGCGGUUGGACAUGUCUGCUGCUUGUGAUAAACAACCACCUGCCCAUGGCGAAAACGAUAAACUUGAAGAUACAAUUGUGAAGUUACUUGCUGACUACAUGGUUGACACAAAGGAAAACAUUGAUGACAACAUUUUGGGCACUUUCCGUAAUAGAAAUCCAGAUUCAGUCAAAGUAUUGAGCAAGAUGAUUUCAAGUUGCUUGGAGGAACAACUACAAAAUAAGAUCCCUGAGCUGAAAUCAAUGUUUAAAGAGUUUGUAAAAGAAAGUAAUGGCUCUGCUGUUCACUCUACAUCUAUGCCUCUAGAGGAUAUAUCUUCAUGUAGACAAUUUCAGGGACCAAGAGCUCACAUGAAAAAGGCAAACCAAAAUCACUUGAAUUUAUUGAAUACGCAGGAAAAAGAACUUUCGGACCUCAAGGAUUUGUUGUCUACAACAAAAAGAGAGUUUGAAGACUUACAAUCACAACUGCAAAAGGAUUUGAAAAACAUAGGAAGCCAAGUAGAAGAGAUGUCCACUGCUGCAGUUCAAUAUCACAAGGUGGCGGAAGAAAACAGGAAGUUGUAUAAUUUGGUACAGGAUUUGAAAGGGAAUAUUCGAGUAUUCUGUAGAAUUAGACCUAUUUUCUGUGCUGAAGCAAGAAAUGUAAUUGAUUUUAUUGGAGAGGAUGGCUCACUUGUGAUUUCGGACCCAUUGAAAUCCAAAAAGGAUGGAAGAAAAGUCUUUCAGUUUAAUCGUGUUUUUGGUCCAAGUGCAACACAAGAUGAUGUGUUUAAUGACACUCAGCCUUUGAUUCGAUCUGUCAUGGAUGGUUAUAAUGUUUGUAUCUUUGCAUAUGGUCAAACUGGAUCAGGCAAAACUUAUACUAUGAGUGGUCCAUCCGGAGGAUCAACUAAGGAUUUGGGGAUUAAUUAUCUAGCUCUCAAAAAUCUCUUUGAAAUUUCUAAUCAAAGGAAAGAUAUCAUAAGUUACGAGAUUAAAGUUCAAAUGGUGGAGAUAUAUAAUGAACAAAUCAGAGACCUUCUUUCAGAAGAUUCAUCAUCCACCAAAUUAGAGAUUCGUAGCUGCACAAAUGAUAAUGGUUUAAGCCUUCCGGAUGCUACGUUGCUUACAGUGAAGUCCACAAGUGAUGUACUAAAUCUAAUGAAAUAUGGAGAGGUGAACCGUGUUGUUUGUUCAACUGCAAUCAAUAAUAGAAGUAGCCGCUCCCACAGUGUCCUAACAGUACACGUGCAUGGGAAAGAUGCAUAUGGGAACAUACUUCGUAGUUGCUUGCAUUUGGUGGACCUAGCAGGAAGUGAGAGGGUGGAUAAAUCGGAAGUUACGGGAGAUAGGCUAAAGGAGGCUCAACAUAUUAAUAAGUCCCUUUCUUGCCUUGGAGAUGUCAUCACAGCUUUGGCUCAGAAGAAUUCUCAUAUCCCUUACCGAAACAGCAAACUCACUCUUCUCUUGCAGGACUCAUUAGGUGGACAUGCAAAGACACUGAUGUUUGCUCAUGUGAGUCCGGAGGAAGACUCUUUUGGAGAAACAAUUAGUACUUUGAAGUUUGCUCGGAGAGUUUCAACGGUGGAACUCGGUGCUGCUCGUUUGAAUAAAGAGAGCAGUGAGGUUAUGCAGCUCAAAGAGCAGAUUGAAAACCUCAAGAAGGCAUUGGCAAAUAAGGAAGAACCUAGCACACCUUCCUACAACAUAAAAGAACCUAAAUCUCCAUUUGGUAAACAAAGGGCAACAAUUGAGAGAACUCCUCCACGUAUGCGAAGGUUGAGCAUCGAGAAUGGCAGCAGCACCAUGAAGUCUGAGAAGGCAAUGAAUGUUGAAGACAGGAGAGGUCCAAAAACCCCAUCAACUCUAACUCGGGUGAGGAGGUUGAGCUCGGAAGGGAAAGACAAUAGUCAGAUAAAACUAUCUGCAGAUGUCAGCAAGUCUUUACAUGCUAGCACAGUAUCUGCACAGAAAUAUAAUCGGUUUCAAGAUGCAGAACAGUUUGGGAAUAUCAACAAUGGAAGCUCAAUGAUGGAAAUUUACCAUUCUAAAGCUCCUCGAAGUCCUACUAGUUACUCCAUUCAAAAGCAAGCGCUGAAAACAGAUUGCCGAACGAAAAUUCCUAGACUACAGUUAUCAAGUACACCUGAGCCAAAAGUACACGCUAGAAAUGACAUUCAGAAUGGCAUGCAAAGUGUACUAUCUACCGAGCCCCGAACUGCAAAUGGAAAAGGAUCUCAAAUAAGGAAAUCUCUGCGCACCACGAUCGGGAAGCUGAUUAGUGGAUCCGACAAGAGGAACCUACAGAACACAUUAGAAGUGAAGUCGCCUGUCACAAGGGACAUCAAUGAUUUGAAGUCACCAGUCAUGGCUCAUGCAAAAACAGCACGUAGGGAAUCGCUUACCGGUGUCCAAACAGCGGACAGGUCCCGCCGAUCUUCUCUUGGGGGGAAGCCGGUCGAGUCGAGUACACCUAUGAGCAAUAACAGGAAUGCCAAGACACCACCUCCAGUUCAUCCAUCAACAAAGUCAACAAAGCGGUGGUUGUAAUGUUUGUAAUGGUUGAAUGCUAGGCCUCAAUUGAUGUAGCAAUACUGAGUUGCUGACAUUUUUAAACGGCUAACACCAAGUUUA